AUGGUGUCACCGGAAAACACUGAUUGGCUUUUGGAGUAUGGGUAUGAGGAUUUAGCGGUGGCUGAUGGGAAUUUCGCUCCUGCUGCUGCUGGUGGCUUUAGUUGGUCGUCCAUGCAGACUUUGAAUGGUUCCGCUAAUGUUAGUGGAGUAAUUGAUGGUUCACUUGGGGAUUCAGAUGCCCAAAAGGAUGCCGGCUCUAAAAAGAGGGCAAGAGCUGAGUCAUGUGCUUCAUCAAGUUCAAAAGCAUGCAGGGAGAAACAACGAAGAGAUAGGCUAAAUGAUAAGUGUGUAACACUCUUUUGUCUCUCGGGUAUAGGAUUUGUCUUUUAUUUUUCCUUCUUUCCGCCCGUCCCUUACGAAUAUGAUAUGUUUAGGUUUGUGGAACUGGGGGCUCUGCUUGAACCUGGAAGGCCUCCGAAAACAGACAAGGCUGCCAUUUUGGUUGAUGCUGUUCGGAUGGUAACUCAAUUGCGCACUGAAUCCCAGAAGCUGAAAGACUCGAAUGUCAGCCUUCAAGAGAAGAUUAAAGAAUUGAAGGCUGAGAAGAACGAGCUUCGGGAUGAAAAACAGAGGCUAAAGGUUGAGAAGGAUAAGCUGGAGCAACAACUUAAGACUAUGAACAGCCAACCUAGCUUCAUGCCGCCACCUGCUAUACCUGCUCCGUUUGCUGCUCAGGCUCAAGCACCUGGCAACAAGCUGGUACCGGUGAUCAGCUACCCUGGAGUUGCAAUGUGGCAGUUCAUGCCCCCUGCUGCUGUGGAUACCUCACAGGAUCAUGUAUUGCGUCCUCCGGUUGCUUGA